UCGGAACUCCUCCCUCUCUCUCUGGCUUUGUGCUAACUGCUAAACACACGCCGCAGCUUCCUUCUCUUGGACACCGGAGCUGCUAAGUAACAGAAAAUGGCUUUACAUGUACCCAAAGCUCCGGGCUUUGCCCAAAUGUUGAAAGAUGGUGCUAAGCACUACUCCGGGUUGGAAGAGGCUGUCUUCCGCAACAUCCAGGCGUGUAAAGAGCUGGCCCAGACCACACGCACAGCCUACGGACCCAACGGCAUGAACAAAAUGGUCAUAAACCACUUAGAGAAACUGUUUGUCACCAACGAUGCAGCAACCAUUCUCAGAGAGCUUGAGGUACAACACCCAGCGGCCAAGAUGAUUGUGAUGGCUUCCCACAUGCAAGAGCAGGAGGUUGGGGAUGGCACCAACUUUGUCCUGGUCUUUGCUGGAGCUCUGUUGGAGCUGGCAGAAGAGCUGCUCAGGAUGGGCCUGUCUGUUUCUGAGGUGAUUGAGGGUUAUGAAAUGGCCUGCAGGAAGACCCUGGAGAUCCUCCCAGAAUGUGUGUGCUCGUCAGCUAAAGACCUCCACGACGUCAAAGAGGCCUCUGCCAUGAUCCGGCCCGCGGUCAUGAGCAAGCAGUACGGCAACGAGGACUUCCUGUCUGACCUCAUCGCACAGGCCUGUGUCUCCAUCUUCCCAGAAUCUGGCAACUUCAAUGUCGAUAGUGUCAGAGUAUGCAAGAUCCUGGGCUGUGGGUUGACCUCCUCCUCCAUGCUCCACGGCAUGGUGUUCAAGAAGGAGGCCGAGGGAGACGUCACAUCAGUCAAAGACGCCAAGAUCGCAAUCUUCUCCUGUCCCUUCGACUGCAUGGUGACCGAGACCAAGGGUACCGUGUUGAUAAAGAACGCUGAGGAGCUUAUGAACUUCAGUAAGGGGGAAGAGGACAUGAUGGAGGCCCAGGUGAAGGCCAUUGCCGAUUCCGGCGUCAACGUGGUGGUGACCGGGGGCAAGGUGGCAGACAUGGCCCUGCACUACGCCAACAAGUACCAGCUCAUGGUCGUCAGACUCAACUCCAAAUGGGACCUCCGGAGGCUGUGUAAGACAGUUGGAGCCGUAGCCCUACCUAGACUUACUGCUCUUACCCCAGAGGAGAUGGGCCACUGUGACAGCGUGUAUCUGACCGAGGUGGGAGACACACAGGUUGUGGCCUUCAAGCACGACAAAGAGGAUGGUGCCAUCUCCACCCUGGUGAUCCGGGGCUCCACAGACAACCGGAUGGACGACAUUGAGAGGGCCAUCGAUGACGGCGUCAACACUUUCAAGGUCCUGGUCAGGGACAAGAGGCUGGUGCCUGGGGCUGCCGCCACAGAGAUUGAGUUGGCCAGACAGAUCACUUCCUACGGAGAGUCCUGUCCAGGUCUGGAACAGUACGCCAUUAAGAAGUUUGCCGAGGCGUUCGAGGCUGUGCCCCGCGCCCUGGCCGAGAACUCUGGCGUCAAGGGCAACGAGCUCAUCUCCAAACUGUACGCCGUCCACCACGAGGGCAACAAGAACAUGGGCUUCGACAUUGAGGGAGAGGGCGCUGCUGUGAAGGACAUGCUGGAGGCUGGGAUCCUGGAGCCCUACCUGGUCAAACACUGGGGCAUCAAGCUGGCCACCAACGCAGCCAUCACAGUACUCCGGGUGGACCAGAUCAUCAUGGCCAAGCCUGCGGGGGGCCCCAGGGCUCCUCAGCAGAGGGGCCACUGGGACAAGGAUGGCUGGGAGGAGGAGCCCGAUAAGUUUGAAACCCACCAUUAAGAGGGAACACACCCCCUCAGCAGAUCAUUAUGGCCAAACCAGCAGGUGGACCCAAACCCCCCGCGGGCAAGAAGGACUGGGAUGAGGACGACUGAACCUGACCCAACCCCUUUUCCACCCCCAGCCCACUCAGCUUUUUCUACUUGUUUAUUUAAAGCCUGACACUUUGUUUUGUAGGAACCAUCAUACAUUGGUGUUACACGUCCAGUACGAGAGUUAUCGAUGGCACUGUUUGCUUUGUGUUCUUGUCCCGAAUAAAUGGCACUCACGCAGUCAUUGCUGACCUGA